GCGAAAAAACAAGCUUAACCGUUGCGCCGCUGCAAGAGAUAAAAAGUUUUGAUAGCGUUAUUUGCCGCCGCUGCCAUCAAUACAUAUGCGAUCGAAUCGAAUAUUUUUCUUUUAAUUUUCAUCAGUGAAUUUUUAACUGAGACCGCCGCCGUCACAUAAAGACUUACAAAUAUCAGCCGACGCCGCCGCUGUGAAAAAAAUUUUAAGAAUUUGUAGCAGCCGCCGCUGAAGACAUUACUCAUUCAAAUAGCGAGCCGCUGGAAAUCUUUAAAAGUUGAAAAUUGUUGCCCGCCGUCGCCAUUCAACCCUUCGGCUGACACUUCUACCUACUACAAUUAAAAACAUUGAAUCUAUGUCAGAUGGAGAAUAUAUAUCAUUUGCAUGUAAAGUAAUUGACAUCGGUUCUGUAAGCACCUUCAAAAAAAUAAGUGAGUACAAAAAGAAAGCUUCAUUUGUUUUUGAGGAUGAUACUGUUUUCUUUAACAAUGGGCCAAGACGAAUACCAAAAACUAAAAAAAACCAUAAUUGUAGCUGAUAAAACUGAUUCUAUAAAUAUGAACAUCUGGGAAAAUCACUUUGAUUUAAUAAAAAAGAUCAAUCUUAUGUAAUUAAAUUAGCAAAAGUAAAAGUUUUCAAUGAUGAUACUUCAAUAACAACAACAGUUCAUACGACGUGAGUUUAAUUUGUGUUGAUAUUUUGGCAAAUUUUUCUAAUGAUGUCUCGUAACAACUUUUUAACUACAUUUUUUUUUAUGUAUCUUGCUUUCUAAUAUGCUAUUGCAAAACAAAACAUUGUUUAAUAUUGCUAGAUAUGAAGCAAUUGAAGACAUUGGUGCCAUAAGUUGUUCAGAUUCUCUUCAAAAUUCAAAUGAAUCAGGAAUAAGAGGUGUCAUCACGCCAAUCGGUGUACUAGAAGAACGUUAUAGCUGUCCGAAAUGUUAUUCUACUGACGUCGAAUGCAAUGAUAAAACCAUCAAAUGUAUUACAUGUAAAUCCAGAUCACUCUAUCUAAAAGAUUCGAUUAAGGCAAAUCAAAUUAAACUCAAUAUAACUGAAAGUGUGGGUGUGGGUGUGGAUGCAGCUGUUAUUGAUAAAACAACACCCACACCCACACCCUCGUUGAGUCGGGGCGGAGUUAUUCCAAAAGUUCUGACCGUUACGAAAUUUCGAAAAAUGAAAUCUUUUUGUAAGGUUGAGUAA